AUGAGUAGCUUUGAUAUCGAUAAGGAGCGUGAGCAGAUUCAUAUAACUACUGAUUACCUCAGACGCAGGAUUAAGGAGUAUUUCAAAGAUUAUAAGACGUUUGCGCCCCGGGUGCUAAUUAUAUGUGGUUCAGGACUUGGUGGGAUCGCCAACAGAUUAGAAACCUCAGAUCUGGAGCCAUUGGUAAUCACAUAUGGUGAAAUUCCUGGUUUUAAGAAGAGUACUGUCGCUGGACAUACAGGUACUUUGAUCUUUGGCUUUAUGAAAGGGACUCCUGUGGUUUUGAUGAACGGUCGUCUCCACAGUUACGAGGGCCAUACAUUGCAUGAGGCCACUUUCCCAAUAAGAGUAUUGAACCACAUGGGAGAUGUCAAGACUUUGAUAGCGACCAAUGCUGCGGGUGGAAUAAAUGCCGAUUUCAAGCCCUGUGAUCUCAUGUGCAUCUACGAUCAUAUCAAUUUCCCGGGUUUAGCUGGUCUUCAUCCUCUAAAAGGCCCAAAUUAUGAUGAAGUUGGUCCUCGUUUCCUACCGAUGAGCGAUACUUAUGAUCUAGGUUUGAGGAAGCUCUUGUUCCAGAAGAAGGAGGAGCUGAAGAUUGACAGACCUCUCCAUGAAGGAACUUACAUGUUCGUUUCGGGUCCUACAUUUGAAACCAGGGCAGAGAGCCGUAUGAUCCGGUGCUUGGGAGGAGACGCUGUUGGUAUGAGUACUGUUCCGGAGGUUAUCAUUGCCAGACACAGUGGCUGGAAGGUUCUAGCGCUCAGCUUAAUAACGAACAACUGCGUUAUAGACAAACCCCCAAGUGUCCACGAAGAAGCACCCAAACCUAUGGAUGAUGGUAUUGCUUCGCAUGAAGAAGUUCUGGAAAAUAGUAAGAAGGUAUCUUUAGAUGUUCAACUCUUGGUCGAGCAUGUUGUUGGCGAACUAUAA